ACAUUGAUUAUCAUCAUCUUCUUUCAUUCCGUCUACUCUGUAUUUUUUGCUUUCAUUAUUCUUUUUUUCUUUCUUAGGGUUUCGAAUGCGAAUUAUGUGAGUUUUUUCUACUUGGAUUUUUCCUGCGACUGUUUAAGGUGAGAAUAUUUUUCGACUACGAGUUGGUGGAUUCUUGAUUUCCGACGCCUACACCUUCCUCUUGCUUUCUUUAUCCAAGCGCUGCUGGAUCCUAGUUGUUUCGGCAGGGAUUGGCAGUCGAUUGCAAUUUCCUGCCGAGGGUUGUGCCUAGAAUUGGGUUACUAGUGAAGUUUGUGACUCUGCUGUGUUUGAGGAAUUGUGAGGUUUGGAGUAAAUGUUGGUUUGUGGACGUUGAGUGAUUGUCUUCAUGGACUUAAAUGCCUCGCCGGUGCCUGAAGAGGAUGAAGAGACGUUUGAUAGACAUGAAGUGGUGUAUAGUGCUCCAGAGGAUCAUAUAGAGACUGGUGCCAGUAUUGCACGGCGGGAACGAGAAGAAAGAAAAAGGCGGUUGAAAAGAGAUCGCUCUAUUGAGAGACCGGUGCAUGAAUACCAACAGCCGGCACGGGAUCAGUCUUACCCUGCUAAAAACCAAAAAACUGUUAGAAGCAGGCUUCCUCCAGGUUGGUUGGAUUGCCCUGCUUUUGGUCAAGAAAUAUGUUGCAUGAUUCCUUCCAAAGUUCCUCUGGGCGACACCUUCAGUGAUUGUGUAGCACCUGGUAAAAGAUAUGCAUUUAAGCAAGCGAUCCAUCAGCAGCAGAGAGUUUGGGGGAGAAAACUCGGUUUGGUGAUUGAUUUGACAAAUUCUUAUCGUUAUUAUACAACGACAGAUUUGAAUAAAGAGGGUAUCAAGUAUGUUAAGAUUCCUUGCAAGGGGAGGGAUUCUGUACCUGACAACAAAUCGGUCAAUAUGUUCGUUUACGAGGUCAGUCAGUUUAUUUCUCGUCAGAAACACUCAAAGAAGUAUAUUCUUGUCCAUUGCACGCAUGGCCAUAAUCGCACUGGAUAUAUGAUCAUAAAUUAUCUUGCGCGUGCACUAUCCAUUUCUGUUACCCAGGCUCUUAAAAUGUUUUCCGAUGCACGUCCUCCUGGAAUUUACAAGCCAGAUUACAUUGAUGCAUUAUAUGCCUUCUAUCAUGAAAAAAAACCUGAAUUGGUUGUUUGCCCACCCACACCUGAGUGGAAGAGAUCCUCAGAUCUUGAUCUUAAUGGUGAAGCAGUUCCGGAUGAUGACGAUGAUGGAGGUUCUGCUGCUCCUUUGAAUGAAAAUCAUGAUGAUGCUGCUCAAGUGAUGACAAAUGAUGAUAUAUUGGGUGAUGAGAUACCUGAGGACCAAGAACGUGCUUUUAAACACUUCUGCUAUCAAAUGCUUAAAAUGAAUGCAGGAGCAAGAGCGAAUUUGCAAUUUCCCGGGUCGCAUCCUGUGUCUCUUAACAGAGAGAAUCUUCAACUGCUAAGGCAACGCUAUUAUUAUGCCACGUGGAAAGCUGAUGGAACAAGAUAUAUGAUGCUAAUAACCAUGGAUGGAUGCUACUUGAUUGACAGGGGUUUUAAAUUUAGAAGAGUCCAAAUGAGAUUUCCGUACAGAAAUGCAAAUGAUGGCCUAGUUGAGAAGAUUCACAACUACACACUCCUUGAUGGAGAAAUGAUCAUUGACACUCUGCCGGACUCACAGAAGCAAGAGAGAAGAUAUCUUAUAUAUGAUAUGAUGGCAAUUAAUCAUGUUUCAGUCACUGAGCGUCCUUUCUAUGAACGGUGGAAGAUGCUUGAGAAAGAAGUGAUCGAACCUCGUAAUUACGAGCGCCAGAAUAUUUACCAAAGUAGGAACCCUCAGUAUAGAUAUGACCUAGAGCCAUUCAGGGUGAGGAGGAAAGACUUUUGGUUGCUCUCCACAGUUACCAAACUUUUGAAGGAGUUCAUACCGAGGCUUUCACAUGAUGCCGAUGGUCUAAUAUUUCAGGGGUGGGAUGAUGCUUAUGUUCCUCGAACUCAUGAGGGUCUUUUAAAGUGGAAAUAUCCGGAAAUGAAUUCAGUCGACUUCCUUUUUGAGGUUAUGGGGGACGAUGAUUCUCAGACGCUUAUUUUGUUCGAACGAGGAAAGAGGAAAACAAUGGAAGGAAAUAGGGUUAAGUUCAAAGAUGGCGACCCCUCCUUCUAUUCAGGAAAGAUUGUUGAGUGCUCUUGGGAUUCUGAUGAACGAGUAUGGGUCUGCAUGCGUAUCAGGACAGACAAAACAACUCCUAAUGAUUUCAAUACAUAUAGAAAGGUUAUGCGGAGCAUUAAAGACAACAUCACGGAGGAGGAUUUGUUGAAGGAAAUUCAUGAGAUCAUACGCUUGCCUAUGUAUGCUGAUAGGAUAAGGAAUGAUAGUAAAGCAGCCCAACAUACGAAUUCAACACGACGGAGGUGAUGAUAGCUAGACGAUGCGAUGCACAAAUACAGAAAUUAGGUAAUCUUUGGACGAGAUGCUCAAAAGGAGUUCCUACAGGAUGUUGUUUGCCAUAGCUUUGCCUUGUUGCUAUCGUCGUGUGUGCAGCUGGCGUGUCUAUGAUCAUCCAGUCAUUGCACUUUAUAGAUGUUUUCAGUUAGAGCUUUGAAAUCCAUUUUUUUUCUUCUAGUUUUCCAGGUGAAGAGAUGUAGGUUUAGGAUCAUCAUCGUGUAUAUUAGUAAUUUGAUUUUCGAUAUUUAGCAAUUGCGGUAGGCAGCAAGCAACUCUUAGGUAGUUCUUUUUAAAGUAAAUCUGAGCUAAGUUUUUAUAGCUAGCUUUUUCAUUUUACUGUUGUGAAUAACCUUUACUCUUUCUUUCUGUUUUGUCCUCUGUCUUUCUGUUCUUGAGAUGAGAAAUAAGAACACGACCUGGAUAUUGUUCGA